AUGCGGAAGCAGGCUUGGAUCGAACUCGGCGAGGAGGUGCCGUCGCCUUUGGACGAUGCCUACUCGAAGGAGAGCAAGACUAGCCGUUCCCCACACCACUCAGUGGCCAGCGCGGCCACCGUGGCUUGGAAAGCCACGGCAGUUCCUUCGACACCGCGGCGGGCGCAAAAGGUCUGCAUUUUGAUCAUGGGCCUCUGCAUUUUCCUCGGCUCCUGCGUUUACGUGCUCUCGCCAUCAUUUCCGCGCCACGGCGGUGGCCACGGUCUCCGGGGGCCUGUCUCGGCACCGCCAUUUGUUGUGGUGAUCGAUGCAGGUAGCACCGGAACCAAAGUGCACACAUAUUGUUUCUCCAAAGGACAAGUCUGUCGCGACCUUGAUGCGAACCGGCCAAGGAUUUCCGCGACGAAACCAGGGCUCAGCAGCUGUGCUGAUGCGGAAUGCUUGUCAACUUUGCUAACUCCUUUGAUGGAGAAUGUAGUCCAAAGGGUACCCGCAGAAUCACGUGCAUCAACUCCAUUGGCGCUUCGUGCUACUGCAGGUUUCCGGCUCCUGGGACGUGAGCGUGCGGAAGCUUUGCUGAAGAAGAUCCGCCUCAUUGUGGCGGACUAUGGUUUCAGGGAUGCUGGCGUGGAGGUGAUGACAGGUGAUGAUGAAGGAUUGCUUCAGUGGAUUGCCGUCAACAGCCUGCUGGGUAGACUCCAAACGAAUCAAAGCACAGUAGUGGUUCUGGACCUAGGCGGGGCAUCAACCCAGAUUGCCUAUGCCUUGGAUGAUGGCAUUGAAACCACUGACUGGCAGAAGUCCUUCAUCCGUGCAUUGCCCUUGCCGGGUUCGGAGCGCAUGGUCCAGAUCUAUGAGCACAGCUAUUUGGGCUAUGGCCUCGUGGCGGCGCGACAGAAGAUCAUGAAGGAAGUUAAUGCCUCCGAUCUCCUGCCGCGAAAUCCAUGUUUUCCCUGGUCUGCGGACCUUCCACAGGAUGAAGGACAUGGUGCUGGCGGCGCUGGCAAUGCCCAGCAAUGUGUGCAACUCAUCAGCAGGGUCUUGCGACCUGCUGACUGCAAUGAUCCCGUCGCGGAGGCUGACAGUUGCGACUUUGCCAGGGUUUGGGCUGGUCCAGGCAUGAACCUAAGCAACCAGAGUCAGCCGGUGGGCUGUUCCUUCUACUUCUUCGGCUUGGAGGAUGCUGGCGCAGUGCCCUCAGAUGCCACGUCGGCUGAGGUUGCGAUCUCUGUUACACCUUCACCUUGCUCACCGUGGGCUUUGGCAUAG